AAAGUCGAAGCAAGUAAAAUCUGCAGGAAAAGAAUCCGAAGAACCUACAACGCGUCAGCUCGCAACACCUCCUUCUCACAUUGAACCUACAUCACCGCCAUCCCCGGCGACUCUCACCUCGGACAACUCUGCAGCUGAAACAUCACCGUCCAAGGAAAAAAAAAAGCCAUCACGAAGGCAACCAUCGCGACGUCGCGGUUAA